CCCAAGUUUCCUAAGAGCGGCUUAAUUGCCCACACAAUCAGAAAACAGAGCACCCGUUUUUGCCAAAUUGUUCCUCUUCUGUAACUCCACCACGUCCGUACUGCUUCCACCAUGACCAACCGUUCGUGAUCUCCUCUGACUCCGUCCCCCAAUCACACGUUGCCAAUCGGCGAUUCAUCAAUGGCUCUUGCUUCUUCUCCCGCUCUCUGAUCACGAGCGUCCCUUCCUCCCUCACGGCGUAAAUGAGACGCUUAAUCCGCCGGAAAGCUAUUGAGGAAAGAAUUUUCAGACGAAACCACCUGAGGAAACAGAAGGACGACGACGAUGUCUUUCUUCUUCGGUUUCUUCGUCGGAGUGUCCAUUGGGAUCGGUCUCAUCGUCGCUUUAGCUCGUUACGAGUCCGUCCGAUCCGCUCGCCGCUCCGCCUUGGCGAAGACGGUGGCAGCGUUUGCUAGAAUGACGGUACAGGACUCUCGGAAAAUUCUCCCGGCGGAGUUUUAUCCGUCGUGGGUAGUCUUCUCCAAUAGGCAGAAGCGUUGCGAAUCCAGAGCUCUGACAUUUUGCUUCCCAACUGUUAUGGAAUUGCAGUUGAAUUGGCUUAAUCACCAGCUCGACAAGAUUUGGCCCUACGUCGAUGCGGCAGCGUCGGAACUGAUAAAGAACAAUGUGGAGCCGAUUCUGGAAGAGUAUAGACCAGCUAUUCUCUCAUCUCUCAAGUUCUCCAAGCUGACUCUUGGCACUGUAGCUCCCCAGUUCACAGGAAUUAGCAUAGUUGAAGAGGAAAGUGGCUCAGGAGGUGUGACAAUGGAGUUAGAGAUGCAAUGGGAUGGCAAUCCUAAUAUUGUGCUUGAUAUCAACACUAGAGUUGGUGUUGCUCUUCCUAUACAGGUAAAAGAUAUUGGAUUCACUGGGGUUUUCAGGUUAAUCUUCAAGCCACUUGUUCCCGAGUUCCCUGGUUUUGCAGCUAUUUCUUAUUCACUAAGGGAAAAGAAACAAUUAGAUUUUAGGCUUAAAGUAAUUGGAGGCGAGAUAUCAUCAAUACCCGGGUUAUCUGAUGCUAUUGAGGAAACUAUAAAGGACGCCAUUGAAGACUCCAUCACAUGGCCAGUCAGGAAAAUCGUACCAAUUCUGCCUGGUGACUACGAUGACUUGGAGCUUAAGCCAGAAGGAAUACUGGAUGUGAAACUAGUCCAAGCCAAAGAGCUAUCAAACAAGGACGUCAUCGGGAAAUCAGACCCUUUUGCCGUCGUAUUCAUCCGUCCACUGCGUGACAGAACGAAAACCAGCAAAGUUAUAAACAACCAAUUGAACCCCAUUUGGAACGAGCACUUCGAGUUCGUUGUCGAGGAUGCAUCCACUCAGCAUCUGACGGUCAGAGUGUUCGACGAUGAAGGGAUUUCGGCGGCUGAACUCAUUGGCUGUGCUCAGGUGGCGUUGAAAGAUCUCGAGCCUGGGAAAGUCAAGGACGUCUGGUUGAAACUGGUCAAAGAUUUGAACAUCCAGAGAGACAACAAGUACCGAGGAGAGGUGCAUCUGGAGCUGCUAUACGUUCCUUAUGGGAUGGACAGCAGCUUGAAGAACCCAUUCAACCCGGAUUUCCAACUGACGACGUUAGAGAAGACGAUCAAGGGCGGGAACGAAGCUGGCGAGGAGCCAAGCCUCGCCUCGGCCGCAUCUAGAAAGAAUGUGAUCGUGAGGGGAGUUCUCUCAGUGAAUGUGGUGGCCGCCGAGGACUUGCCGGCGGUGGAUGUGAUGGGGAAGGCCGAUCCUUAUGUUGUCCUCAUCAUGAAGAAAUCCGACGCAAGAGCCAAAACCAGGGUUGUGCAAGAGAGCUUGAAUCCUGUGUGGAACCAGACGUUCGACUUCGUCGUGGAAGAUGCACUCCAUGAGAUGCUGAUGCUGGAGGUGUGGGAUCAUGACACUUUUGGAAAGGACAAAAUUGGAAGAGUGAUAAUGACGCUGACUAGAGUAUUGAUGGAAGGGGAGUUCCAGGAUUCGUUCCCGGUGGAUGGUGCAAAAUCUGGGAAGCUUUUCUUGCACCUCAAAUGGACUCCCCAGCUUAAAUUUCGCGACCCUUGAAUUCAAUCGAAAAAAAACCACCUUGGACUCCUCUUUUUCAUUUGCAUUCAUACCUGCCAUAUUCACCUCAUAAUCUUUUUUUCAUACUCUUUUUUGUUUUCAUGAUCAUAAUGCGGAAAGUUCUCUUGUUCAUAGGAGUUACGUAGUUGUAAAGAAACUUAAGGGGUAACAAAAAGAGAGUAAACCGAAUCUUUAACGUUUUUCUACUUUUGACCGAUGUUGGAAUUUGACAUGUAUCUUAAUGAUAAAAUUGAAAGAAAAAGUUUUUUUCUGUCU